AUGAAGUCCCUACUGUCUACUCUUAUGAUCAUUAUGUUCCUGGCCCAUUUGGUCACAGGUGGCUGGUAUGUGAAAAAGUGUGCAAACACAUUGGGCAACUGCAGGAAAAUGUGCAGAGAUGGGGAGAAGCAGACGGAACCUGCAACGAGCAAAUGUCCCAUAGGAAAACUGUGCUGUGUUCUGGACUUCAAAAUUAGUGGUCAUUGUGGGGGCGGUGGACAGAAUUCAGAUAAUCUUAACACAGAAGUGGGGGAUCAAGGGAGCCAGGCAAAGGCCAGCACUGCUGCAAUGGUUGGCACUGCUGCAAUGGCCGGCGCUCCCGCAAAGACCAGCGCUCCCGCAAAGACCGGUGCUCCCGCAAAGACCAGCGCUCCCGCAAAGGCCAGCAAUCCCACAAAGGCCAGCACUGCCGCAAUGGCCAGCAAUCCCGCAAAGGCCAGCCCUCCUGCACAGGCCAGCACUCCCGCACAGGCCAGCACUCCCACAAAGGCCAGCUCUACCUGA